AUGUUGGUCAAACAGGUCCUGGUAUCGGCCCUUCUGGCCCCUGCUGCUUUGGCUGCCACCAACGCGGACACUGUUUUCUCGAACUUUGAGAAUUUGCAAAAACGAGUCUCCUCCGCCCGUGACUGUUUCCAGUCUUUCAACGGCGGCGUCGUGCAGAUUUUGACCUGCGGCUACGAUAUGGUCAGCCUCCUGACGAGCAGCACCAACUCGAAUAAAGAGCUUGCAGAUUUGGAUUCUCUCCCAGCGGAUAAAGUCCAGGCUUUCUUGGACCACUACCAUGAUAUGCAUGUGCUUGUUGGUGAUGCUUUGAACACCGUAUCUUCAAAGGCCGAUAGUAUAGACGAAGCGGGUCUGACCAUGAUCGCGGAAGUCCUUUUACGAACCUUCGCUGGUCAAUCGGUUCAUUUUGAGACCAUGUCUAAACAGAAGCUUCCAGCAGCGAACCAUUCAGAACUCGAUGGCCCUAUCAAGACUCUCGGAGACCAAUUCGAUAAGGCAAUUGCGAAAUUCUCCUGA